UUUCCAAAACAAACAACAACUGUGCACGCCAACACAGUGGCACUUGCAGCUCCAGCAAAAACACACAGCGUGGAUUAGUGUUUUGCUGGCAGUGACUAUGACUGCAACAUUCCAAACCCAGUGAAAAGAGAAAGAAAGUUGUAGCUAAUUAACAAACUUAAACUUUUUGCCCAAACGAACACACACAACCAACAAAAUGCCGAAAAUUUUUCUCAUCAAGAAUCGGCUGCACCAGCAGCAACAACGCCUGCUGGAAUCACAGAAUCUGCUGCAGGACAAAAACGAAGAUGACCGCCUGGUUCCACCGCUGAGUCCUUCGCCUCCGGUGGGCAAUGGCAAGCCGAACACACCGCCCGGUGCCACACGCUCGUACACGCCACCAGCACGGCACCAACUCGGCCUACAUAGUGGCUACAGAGCGCACACCACACCCUCGCCACCAGCACUCGUACCGGCACCGGUGCAGCCGCCCAAGACGCCCGAACCGCUGGGCAAGGCGGAGGCAGCGACUGUCUUGCUGGUGGACAAGCGCAGCACAUCGCCCACAACUGCAACGGCAACAACAGUGUCGACAGUUAUUGAGGAUGUGCAAACAGCAAAUGUGGCAAGUGAGGAGCCAGUGAAUCUCCUGGUGAAAUCAAGCACAGCAACAACCGAAACAGCAGAAACAACUGCGCCAAAUACGCCCCCGUUGUCGCGCAAGCGCUUCCAUCAUCGCCGUUACUACUUCGGCCAACAACAAUUACAACUACAACAACAGCAAGAGAAGAAAUUACAUAAUAUUGAUAAUGAUGCUGACGCUGCUGAAGUUGGAGGUACUGCAAUUACACAAAACGAUCGUUUAUCACCAGCAGUUCCAGCUUUGGCAGCUGAAGCAACAGCCACCGAAACUACUACAUCCCCACUACCACACUCAUCGAUCACAUCUCCCCAACCACAAUCACCUCCACACAAGACUCCCUCGCCGUGCAGUCCGCUUGGCAAGGUCAGUUUUGGCAAAGAAACAGAAGACUGUAAAAAGGAUUCGCAGGCGGAUUCUUACAUUCAAACACCAAAAACUGAAAAAAUUCAGAACUCUGUUGAAACCGCAAAGCAAACUGAUAAGCCACGUUUCUACUCUUCGAUUUUAGGUGGUAAUAAACCAUACACUGGCGUUGUAUUAACACAAGCACAACGUAAAGAAUAUCCGGUUGAAGAGGUAAGUCGGCGAUUAACAGCAACUCCUAUCGAAGAUAGCUCCAGUGAUUCUGAUUCGGAUGCGGAAGGCUCCAAACUUAUUGUUGAUGAAAAACCAUUGGUUCCUGAAGAUAAACCACUUUCAUUGCGCUUGCGUAGCACUCCGCCACCGUUAGAGAAACGUCCUAGUCCACCUCCGCCACCAGAGCCAGCAGUACGGUGCAGUGUUAUACAACGAACACCAAAACCUGCGCCAACACCACCUCAUCGUCCAAAUCAACACGAGGUUUUACUGCCACCUGGUUCUCUUGAACACCUCGGACCCGAACAACAAGAGCCUAUUGACUAUCACGUGCCGAAACGGCGUUCGGCUUCAAUCGAUAGUGACGAAGAGCAAACUGAUUCGUUGAACACAAAACGUUUAGAACGUGAACGAAAAUUGCGUGAAGCUCGUAGACGUAGCGCAAUAUUAGCAGCACGUGCUGUGCUUGCCCAAGCGAGACUUAAUCCACGUCUGGUACGUAAUCUACCCGGUAUCUUAGCUGCAGCAGCGGGACACGGACGUACAUCGUCUACAGGAGCCGGUCAAGGUUUCCAAGGCUCUAGUGGCUUUGGAGGAAACAAUUCAGGCAGCGGCAACAAUCAAAGCCCAAGCGGAGGUGCAGGUUCACCUACAGGCUUUGGUGGUGCGCUAGGCGGCAACGGUGGUGCUGGAGGUGGUAUGGGCGGCGGUCGUGACGGUCGCAGUAAUUACGGUCCAAAUUCACCACCAUCUGGUGCUCUUCCUCCAUUCUACGAGAGUUUAAAAAGUGGCAACACAAUGAAUUCAUCGUCUUCAUCAUCAGCGAAUUUUAACGGAAAUUCAAAUUUCCUAAUUCAAAAUGCAGCGGCUGCCGCUUAUUUGAUGUCCGCAGCUGGUGGAAACGGCGGCGGCCAGCAACAUUCAAAUAGCUAUUUAGACUGCAGUUCGACGAAUGGAAACAGUGCAGGAGGUGUGGGUAGUGGUGUAAACGAUAGUGGUAAUGGUGGCUUGGAGAUCACCACAUUUGCCAAUGGCCAGGCGUACGGCAUUAUACUGAAGGAUGAGCCGGAUAUUGAGUAUGACGAAGCCAAAAUUGACAUCGGUGCUUUCGCGCAGAACAUUAUCCAGGCAACUAUGGGGAAUUCGGGAAAUUUCAAUGCCGCGGCCUAUGAAGACGCUAUCAUGUCGGAUUUGGCCAAUUCGCAAGGUCCCAACGGCUCUGUAGAUCCAUUACAAUUCACCGCCACACUUAUGCUGAGCUCACAGACAGAUCAUUUACUGGAACAACUCUCGGAUGCUGUCGAUCUUAGUUCUUUUCUGCAACGUGAAUGUGUGGACGAUGAUAAUUCCACCAGUCCACGACAGGAUUUCGAGCUGGUUUCGACGCCAUCGCUCACGCCCGACUCGGUGUCCAUAACGCCUGUGGACACCAACAAUGGAGGCAAUCUCGAUACAUUCCACGAGAGUCUCAUACAACAAAUAACCAACAACAUUUCGCGCAAUCACAUUGGCAGCAACCAAAAUGGUAACAUGCAAUCAUAUCCAUUCGAGCGUCAGCAACAUCUGAACGGCAACCAGCAACAUCUGAGCAACGAACAGCAUAAUAAUGUGAAUCAUCAACAACAACAACCACCACCAUCGUACCAACAUGCGACACGUGAUUUGUUGCAAAUGCAGCAACAGCAACAACAACAUCAUGCACAAACACAUUCCUAUCACCAACAGCAGCAACAUCAUUCCAAUUCCAUGUUGCAACACGGUGGUCCAAUGUUGUUGGCCCAGCAACCACAACAACAUGCCUACCAACAACACGGCCAUCCAUACGGUCCAGCUCAGCAUCAUCACCAACAACCGCAUCACAUUGUGCCGCCUCACCAUAUGCAACAUCACCAUCAUCACAGCAGCGAUAACAGUAAUUUGUCGCUGCCCUCACCGAAUGCGGCACAUCUGUCGGCGCAUCACGGCAUGUCGUCGGCAGCGAGCAACUCGUCGGGCGCCUCCACUUCCGGUCUGCUAGACGCCAGCACGGCCAUGCUCGACACCAAGCCGCUAAUACAAAGCGUAAGUCCCACACAUUCGACCGGCAGUUCCAAUGCAAGUUCUUGCGCUAUGGGUACUAGAAAAUUGAGCACAAGCUCCUCUUGCGCGUCCGCAACGAUGGUGGCGCCAGCGUCACUGCGUAGUGUGGCUGCCGCAGCGGCAGCUACAGCCGCUGGCAUACUGCCACCAUCGCCCACUGUCGCCAUGCUGCACGAAAGCAAAGUGCUACAGCAGAGGUUGGGUCUACCGCCCGAGGUGCAACUGGAAUUCGUCAACGGCGGUCAUGGCAUUAAGAAUCCACUCGCCGUGGAGAACACACACUCGGGUCACCAUCGCAUACGCAGCAUCGAUUGCGUGGACGAUUUGAAGAAGAGCGGCAAUAUCAGCACUGACGGUUCGGAGAGCGGUGGCGGCUGUGCCGGCGACGGUUCCAAAUUCGUCUGUCGCAUUUGCCUGAAAUCGUUCUCGUUGCAACGCCUGCUGAAUCGCCACAUGAAGUGUCACUCGGAAAUCAAACGCUAUCUGUGCACCUUCUGCGGCAAGGGCUUCAACGACACCUUCGAUCUGAAGCGUCACACGCGCACGCACACCGGCGUACGUCCGUACAAGUGCAACUUGUGCGAGAAGAGCUUCACGCAGCGCUGCUCGCUGGAGUCGCACUGCCUCAAGGUGCACAGCGUGCAGCAUCAGUACGCCUACAAGGAGCGACGCGCUAAGAUGUACGUUUGUGAGGAGUGCGGCCACACGACUUGUGAGCCCGAAGUACACUACAUCCACUUGAAAGAGAAUCAUCCCUACUCACCCGCUUUGUUGAAGUUCUACGACAAGCGUCACUUCAAGUUCACAAACUCGCAAUUCGCCAACAACUUGCUGGGUCAACUGCCAAUGCCGGUGCAUAAUUAAAAGUGUAAUGUGCUGCCAAGUGGCUGCAUACACACACACAUAUUUAUAACAUAGUUAGUUCAAUUGACACAUUUGAGUUUUCGAAAAACUGCCCAUAAACGGAGAUUAUUAUAUAUUCUGCUUACCUUUUACCACUUGUACUAUAUAACAUUAUUGAAAGCGCGUAUUUCAUUUAAGUUCUUUUGGCUAAAAUUUUUUUAUUGUGAAUUUUUUUUCAUAUACUUUAAAUUUACUACAAAACAUGUUUGCGCUGCAGACCGGCUGCGUGGCGCUCGGCCGCGUUGUUGGCAGCGCGUCUGCAUUGCAAACAUACAUACAUACUUACAUUAAGAUUAAGAAUUUUCGCAUAUUUAUUGAAAGAGCAAGACAUAUGGUUAGGCAAAAUGUUUAAUUUUUAGCGUAUACUUUUAGCUAUUGUAUAUUUAUUAGAGAAUUUGAAGUCAUAUUUAAGUUGCUAACACUGCGUAAGUAAUUCUCAUUACCUUUAAGUUUGUAAAAUAUUGGGAUUUUCGCGUUGUAAAGUUUUGUAUAAGUGAUUUUGGCAUUCGCCGCUGCCUUAAGCGUAAAUAUAAAAGUGUAUAUAUAUUACUAGCAACUACUAGCGCUAAGCUCAGUGCGUAAUUGCGCUACGCAACGUAAGCGUUAAACCGCUAUUUUAGCUUAGCACAGUUAUUAUAAGUUAUUUAUAGUUUUCUCAGAGCAAAGCAUUGAAAUCAUUUUCGAACUUUAAUUGAUUUUGAAUUAAAAUAUUUUUUCUUUACUAAUUUCAAGUUGAACACCCAGUUUAUUAGCCUUAUAAAGAGUAUCAUGUACAUUUCUUCUUUUACAUUUUUCAUAUUCUAUUACAAAAAUGCCGUACGCAUUAGUUAUAAAGAA